UGAUUUAAUGGUUACAUAUGGAGGUUUUCUAAAAGUUAUAAUAAUUGUAGCUGUAGGAUCAAAAUCUAACGGUCUGUGUGAUUUGUUCAAGAGGCUCAGCAGGCUAAGCUCAGGAGAGGAUCCAAAUCUGUCUUGAUGUAUCCGGGAGAAAAGUGUGGAAAUCACAGAACAAAAAUCCGAUGUGAUCAGGCGAUGGAUGUAUAUUUAUGUACUUGCAGCAAAUUGCGAGUUAAAAGACAAACUCAAUGCCACUUACUACUACAGUUUAAUAGUAUUCCUAUUCAUUUAUAAGCGAGAUGUCUUAUAUUAGAUUCUUGCUAACAACGAAUUUGAAUCAACAGCUCAAACCACUAUUAAGAUAUUUCUAAAUGGGCCAAAUCGAAUUGCCUAUAAACCUAUCCAUCACAGCCCCAAUUAUUUUUCUUAAAAAGGAAAAUAAAUAUAAACAGGUCCAAUUUAAUUAUUUUACUUUUUAUCGCGGUAAAAUUAAGCUUCAUUUGGUUCGUUAUUAGUAUUACUUACUGCUGCGUACAGCAUGAGGGUGGAAUACUGAACGGUGAGUAUCGUCUAUGAUCUAUCUAUGCUUCCAAUGGCGGCGUUAUCUUUGCCACCAGUGAGAGUCUACUGCAGCGGCGGCGCCGCCACACCCAACAGCAGUAUUAGUAACAACAAUUUACUCGGCAACCACGCGCUCGAUGCCGCCCACAUCCGACGAGCCGCCGAGCUGGCCGACGGAUCCGCCGGAUUCACCUCUCCCCACCCAAACUUCGGGUGCGUCAUUGCCUCCAAAUCCGGGAAAGUCGCCGGCGAGGGAUUCCUCUACGCCCAGGGCACCAAGCCCGCCGAGGUCCUUGCCGUCGACGCAGCUGGCGAUUUCUCACGCCGCGCCACUGCUUAUCUCAACAUGGAGCCCGGUGAUUGCCACGGUGACCACUCUGCCGUCUCCGCCCUCGUUCAGGCAGGGAUUGAAAGGGUGGUGAUUGGGCUGAGGCAUCCAUUGCAGCAUUUGAGAGGGAAUGCCAUUCGGGCUUUGAGAAGUCAAGGCUUGCAAGUUGAUGUUCUUGGUGAGGACCUCAACAGUAAACUCAUUGAGGAAGCACGAAAAUCAUGCCUCCUUGUCAAUGCUCCAUUAAUUUGUAGAGCUGCUUCUCGAGUCCCCUUCUCCGUUCUCAAGUAUGCCAUGACUCUUGAUGGAAAAAUUGCUGCUAGCAGCGGACAUGCAGCAUGGAUCAGCAGCAAAACGUCUAGAAAUCGAGUGUUUGAACUGCGGGGUAGAAGUGAUGCAGUCAUUGUAGGAGGAAAUACAGUGCGCAAGGACAAUCCAAGACUAACUGCAAGACAUGGUGGUGGACAUAUGCCUAUGCGGAUUGUAAUGUCACAGACUCUUGAUCUCCCAGAGGAAGCACACCUUUGGGAUACCUCUGAUGUAUCUACUAUAGUUGCAACACAGAGGGGUGCAAGAAGGCAUUUCCAGAAACAUCUUGCAUCAAAAGGAAUUGAAGUGGUGGAGUUUGACAUCUUAAACCCCAGAGAAGUAAUGGAAUACUUCCAUGAUCGUGGAUAUCUUUCACUUUUGUGGGAGUGUGGGGGGACAUUAGCUGCAGCUGCUAUUUCAUCCGGAGUAAUACAUAAGGUGUUCGCAUUUGUUGCUCCUAAAAUUAUUGGUGGAAAGAAUGCGCCAUCCCCUGUGGGUGAACUCGGGAUGGUUGAAAUGACACAAGCCUUUGACCUAAUUGAUGUCUGCUAUGAACAGGUUGGACCUGAUAUGCUUAUAAGUGGAUUUCUUCAACCCAUACCAGAUGUGACCCCUGUUAUUCCAUCAGUUGAUGAAACAUUUGAAAUUGAUCCAACCGUGACUCCAUAUGAAUCAAGGAUCAUAUUCUUUUACAAAACAUGGGACCCAUACGGCGCUUUCUCAAAUUUUUCGCCUCACCAAAUUAAGAUGCCAGAUGACAGUGGUGAUUAUGAACCUUGGUUGAGUGUCGAGCAUUACUAUCAGGCUCAGAAGUUUGUUGGGGUGGAUGAUCCUGUGGCACAAGAUUGUGUUGAAAAUAUCAAGUCUGCCAGAAGUCCGGAAGAGGCAGCACGGAUAGGAAGGUCAAUGCAGAGGAAGCGUCCUGAUUUGGUAAGAUGUGAGUGGGAAAGUGUAAAGAUUGAAGUGAUGUAUAGGGCACUAAAAUGCAAGUUCUCGAUAUACCCACAUUUGAAUGCAAUGUUGCUGUCAAGUGCUGGAUGUGUUCUUGUUGAAGCAUCACCGCAUGAUCUUUUCUGGGGAGGAGGUCGGGAUGGAGAAGGGCUAAAUUAUCUGGGCAGGCUUUUAAUGCAGUUGAGAUCAGAGUUUCUUGGUGAGUCUCCUACGUCCAGUUAGAGCAUGUAAUGCGUAGUAAUAUAAUUUGUAACAAAUGAUAUAUUUGUAUUGAUUUGAUUCUCUCCUGUAACUUUAUUGUUCAUUUUGCAAUAAAGUUGCAAUUAACAGAUGACAUAGAUA